AUGACCAAAACCAUUCUCACAGUUAUUGGAUCACUUAAUUAUGAUCUUGUCACCUUUACCUCGCGGGUCCCACAGGGUGGGGAAACGAUUAAGGCUGAUAGUUUCGAAACUCAUACUGGCGGGAAAGGGUUCAACGAGGCUCUUGCACUUGGCCGUCUAUUACCAUCUACUGUCAAGAACAACGACACAUAUACCGUUAGGAUGAUUGGUAAAGUUGGCGAUGAUUCAUUUGGCACGGAAUUACUUGAUUCGUUGAAAAAAGAAGCGGUUGACAUUUCUGAGGUGACGGUAGAAAACGGUGUGCGUACUGGGGUAGCCACCAUUUUAGUGGAAAGUGAUGGGGAAAAUCGGAUCUUGAUUGCCGGUGGUGCUAAUGAUCUUCUUACCCCAUCCAAUUCGGAUUUCGAUAAAUAUUUCCCAGCCCAUGAUUCACAGAAACAGCAAUUUGUAAUGCUUCAAAAUGAAUUCCCAUACUUUGUGCAAACCAUUAAUUGGAUAAAGACAAAUCGUCCGAAUAUUCAAAUUGCCUACAAUCCUUCUCCAAUGAAGAAAGUUCCUGGGGAUUACCUCAAGAAUGUCGAUUUAUUGAUUGUCAAUGAAAUUGAAUCUCAACAAAUAUUGGAAUCUUUGGACAUCCCAAACGAUGUUCCAAAUAGCUUUACCACUUCAAACGAUAAAGUUGAAUACUAUGAAAAUGUGGCUCGCAAACUUUUGCCCAAAAUUAAUAGUUCAGGGGUCAAUCUUGUGAUCAUAACUUUAGGAUCCAUGGGAGUUCUUUUUAUAACCACAAGAGAUGGGACGCCAAAAGUCGAGUUCUUGAAAUCCCGAACCGUGGCCAAAGAAAACGUCAUUGAUACAACGGGGGCAGGAGACACAUUCUUUGGCUCAGUAGUCAGUCAGUUGAGUUUAAAUAGAGAAGCUUAUGGGGACGCCAUCAAAUUCGCGACAGUUGCAAGUGCUUUGGCUAUCCAAAAGAAGGGUGCCGGGGAUAGUAUACCAAGCUAUGAGAAUGUCACCCAACAUCUUCAAUGA